AUGACAUUUGAUUUUGUCCAUAUGAGGUCCUUGAAUAAUUCCAUAUUGAAGAAAAUGUCUGACAAAUUUGGUGUUGUUGGUAGUAGGAAGUACUUCUUAUUGAUUGGUUUGGCUUUCAAGCCACUGCUUGAUGAUGAAGACAUUAAAAUAAGGGCUUUAUGUUAUAAAUAUGGUUGUAGAGAAAUGACUUUUUAUGUUGAAAAUGAAGGUACAUUCAGUCCUUCUAGUUUGUCCAUGGAUGAGGGAUGGAUUAAUUUUGACUCUGAUUCUGAGAGUGGGCGUGAGUCUGAGAGUGGUUUUGAGAGUGGUUCUGAGGGUGGUUCUGAGAGUGGUUCUGAGAGUGGUUCUGAGAGUGGUGCUGAGAGUGGUGCUGAGAGUGAAAAUGAGAGUGAAAAAAAUGAAAAUGAGAGUGGGAAGGUUAGUGGUUCUGAGAGUGAAAAAAGUAAAAAUGAGAGUGGGAAGGGCAAUGGUUCUGAGAGUGGGAAGGGUGGUGUUUGUGAGAAUGAAAAUAUUGAACAUGAGAGUGGGAAUUUUGUUGGUGAGAAUUUAGAUGUUGAAGAAAAUGAAAAUGAACAGAGUGAACAAGAGAGGCAAGAAGAUGAUGAUGAUUUUCUUGAUAGUGAUUAUGAUUUUAGAAAUAGUAGCAGUGAUGAUGAUGAUGCAUUGCACUAUCAGAUUAAUUGUUAUGAUGGAUCACAGUUCACUGUUGAUUUGGAGAAGAAAAUUUGCAGCUAUAGGGUAUGGGAUUUGGGGGGCAUUCCUUGUAAGCAUGCAUGUAGUGCCAUAAUAGCUCAGAAGCUGGUGCCUGUUGACUUUGUAGAUGGUUGUUCUUCACAAGAGUGUUAUAGGAAUGUGUAUAGGGGGUCAAUACUAGGCACAAAUGGUCCUUUAUUGUGGAGACAGACCCUUUUUGUUCCUCCUUUACCUCCCAACUUUGGGAGAGGUGCUGGCAGGCCUUCAAAGGCAAGAAGAAGAGAUCAAGAAGAGUCUAAAAUGAAAGGGAAAAAGAUGAGAGGGAAACAACCAAUGAAAAUGAAGAGGCAACAGCCAACUGUGAGGUGCAAAAAGUGUGGCAUGGCUGGCCACAAUGCAAGGUCUUGUGAGAAAAGAAAGGAGAAAGAAAUGAACACUCUAAGCCAAAAUCAAAGUCAAGUAACUCAAGAAGUCGACAACUCUCCAUUGAAAAGGGAUUUUAAUACAAUUCUUGAAAGGAAAAGAGCAAGAGCUGCUGCUGACAGAGGUAAAAGGAAAAGGGCAAAGAAGGCCACAGUUGGGACAGAACAAUCCUCACAAAAUCCUACACUUUUGCCACCAGACAUAAGCCAUAAAGAAGAAGAUGAGGAGUUGCAGUCAUUGUGUGAACUCAUUGAUGAGUAUGAAAUCCCUAAAGUUGUCAAUCAACCCGGGCCUACCCCUUACCAACAGCUGCAGAGUUCAAUGCAAUCAAGAGAUGAAAACUAA